AUGGCGGAAAAAUUUGAUAGCUCUAAUUCAACCGACAACAUUGACAGAAUGUUUCACAACUCUGUCAACAAUUCUUUUAAUCUCACUUCCUCAGCUAUUUCCUCUAGUCUCCAAGUUAUUAAUCCAAAGCUUACUUUAGACAAUUACAAAUUCUGGUGUUCUCAAGUACUUUUUGCAGUAGGAGCUCAUGAAUUGGAAGAUCAUCUAACAGGUUUAGUUCCCUAUCCAACUCCUUUAAUUCCUAGCAAUUUCGAUAGUUCUAAAGAUAUAGCUGAUGGUCAAAAUAAGUACGAAAUCAGGUUGGACAAGUUCAAUUUAGUAGACUUUCAUAAUAGCUCAGCUCACACUGUAGCUACAAUAAGAACCAGUUCCACAUCUGUGCCUAGUAAUCAUACUCAGCAUGUCACCCUUGGUUUUGCUAAUGUGUCUCAUAGUCUUGAUCCAUCCUUAAACACAUUAGGAAGUCAUAAACUACAUGGCAACUACCCUAUUGCUACUGGACAGAUAGGCCAAUCCAUUUCUAGUUCUCAAUUUGGUCAGCAAGGUUAUCCUGAUACCAAUAGUGGUUUUAGAUCUAGUUUUGGAAACAACUUUGGAAGUUAUAGACCUCAUUUCAAUAAUUUUGGAAGAGGUAGAGGCAGAUCUAAUGGAAGAGGUAAACCUGUUUGUCAGUCCACUGGUCCACAGAGCUUCUAUACUAAUCCUAGUAUUUCACAUAAAAUUUAUGGUGUGUUCAAUGUGCCAAGUCAUCAGGAUCAGAAUUUUAAUCGAGCAUCCAACUCGUCAAAUUCUUUUACUCCAUCUCAACAAGGCUUUGGACAUGUUACCUUUCCACAGAAUUAUUCUCAUGUUGGUAGUUCUGGAAAUGUACCAUCUCAAGCAUUAGUUCAAGCUCAUUUUGCUGCUCUAACUGUUCAGAAUACCAAUUCUGUUACUGAUUAUGGUCAUGUUCCCAAUUCAUCUAACCAUGGAGCUCAACCCAUUAUGGAUCCUACCUGGUACAUGGACUCAAGAGCAACUGACCAUGUUACAUCUGACCUCACUCAGUUAAACAUCAGCAAGGACUAUGAUGGAUCAAAUCAACUCCAAGUAGGCAGUGAUGAGUUCCUCCACAUUACACACACUGGUUUUACUUCUUUGCCUAGUAUUUUGCAGAAUAAAUGCUUACAUUUAAAACAUGUUCUUUGUGUUCCUAGAAUAACCAAAAACUUACUUAGCAUAUCAAAAUUCACUAAAAACAAUAAUGUUGUAGUUGAAUUUAAUGUUGUUUCCUGCGUUGUUAAGGACAAAGUCACCAUAGCAACUUUACUGCAAGGAGAGCUUAGAGCAGGCUUAUAUCAACUGAAUCUUUCCCCAAAAUUACCUUCAUAUUCACCUUCUUGCUUAAAGUCAUCGAUUUCACCUCAGAAUUGUUCCUAUAAUGUCAACCUGACUUCUGAACCUUUAAAUGAGUCUCAUACUUGUGCAAUCAAUAAAGAUGUUGUUAUAGUAAUACAUGAUAGUUUAAAUGGUCAAAUAAAUAGUAUGCAGAAUGCUACUACACCUUGUACUGAUAACUCUACAUCUUGUACUAAAAAUUCUGUUUCAUCCUAUUCAUCAUGUGUUAAUAAAAACAAUGAUGUUUCUGUUUCUGUUUGUGUUGAUACAGCUUUACUUGCAUCUGAUAAUUCUGUUUCACCCUGUGUUAAUGAAGAUUUCAUUGCAUCUGAUAACUCCUUAGCUGACUCUAAUAGUAAUAAUACUUCACCAACAUCUGUUCAUGUUGUUCAUAAACACAAUGAUGAUGCUAUGCUAUGGCAUAUGAGAGCUAGUGCACCUCUUGAACUUGUUCAUAGUGAUAUAUGGGGACUUGCUCCAUUGAUUUCCACAGAAGGUUUUAGGUAUUAUUUCUCGAGAGCAACUGGUAAGCAAAAUUCCUCUACAACUUCUCCAUUUCCUUUCUCUCAUAACACAGUUCCCAUAUCCCAAAAACAAUCUGCCAUAUCACCUAUAUUAUCUUCAUCUCACUCACCCACACUCUCUUCUACACCUUCUACAAUUGAUACUCCAUCUAACAUUAAUCCAUCAUCAUCUACAUCUCUCCAAUCACCACAAACUAUUCCUUCAGACAAGGUUAUUCCCAUUUGCUCUAUUGAGGUUGAUCUGUGUCUAUCUCAGUAUGCUGAUAAAACUGAAACGUCAGAUUCUGUUUGUAAUGUGCACCCCAUGAUAACAAGAGCAAAAACAAAGAGCAAAGCGUCUUGUCCUAUAGUUUUUACAGCUGUUAGUUCUCCUAUGUCUGAACCAGCAUCAGUUUCUGAAGCUCUUAGCUUGCUAGAAUGGAAACAAGCCAUGCAGAUUGAAUAUGAUGCUUUAAUUGCCAAUAAUACCUAG